GCUGAAUCGAGUUAGACUUUGCAAGACUCAAAUUUGGCGAAGAGAAUGGCUCAAUGGCAAGGUGAUUUUGAACUUGAGGGUAUUGACUACAUGUUCAAGAUUGUCAUGAUUGGUGACCCUGCUGUUGGAAAAUCUCAGCUUAUGAAUAGGUAUGUUAAAAAUGAAUUCCACAUGAAUUCCAAAGCAACAAUUGGUGUUGAGUUUCUGAACAAGACUGUUCAUAUGGAUCACAAACUAGUCAAGGCUCAGAUUUGGGAUACUGCUGGUCAAGAAAGGUACUCAGCAAUUACAGCUGCAUAUUACAGAGGUGCAACUGGAGCAUUGCUAACAUAUGACAUAACGAAGCGCCAUACCUUUAACAAUAUCGAAAAGUGGCUGGACGAACUACAUCGUCAUGCAGACAAAAACAUAGCUGUCAUGCUUGUUGGCAACAAGACUGACCUGAGUUCGAACCGAGAAGUGCCUAUUGAGGAAGCCAAAGAGUUUGCCAAAGAGAAAGGUCUCUUCUUCCUCGAGACAUCCGCACUUGACUCGAACAAUGUAGAACCAGCUUUCCUCAGUCUUCUUUCACAGAUAUAUAUGACUGUCAGUAAGAAGCGCAUAACUGCAGAUGGACAUGGACCAAAUUGGGAGAAAGUAAAUCUUGGUUUUCAGGGAACACAAUUAUUGGUCUUGCCGCAACAACCGGAAUGUCAAAAAUCUAAAAGGAAAUUCAAUUGUUGCAGUGUUUUAUAGAAUAUAUAUCAUUCCUUGUUCUAUUGAUUAUGUAUAUGGUAAGUAUACUCUGCCAUAUAUUCCCCCCUUCAAAUUUUUGAAGUAUUUCUUAA